GAUGGCACAACUGAGUACAUUUGUACAUGUAUACGCUCAGGAAAUGCGUGGGCUGUUAGGUCGAAUGCACUCCCAUAUGACUUUAAAGACAUCGAAUGGUUUUCUACACAGUGCGGCCACAGCGACGUGCUGCAUUGUACUUAAAUCCCCGCCAGUUCACGCCGUCACGAGAGUUCUGUGGAAAGUGCCAGCUUGUACUUGAGGGAUUCUACAAUCUGCUCAAUUUAAGGUUAUUGUUGUUCAGCCUCACUUGGUGACUGUUUGGACGGUGACCGUAGAGGUGGUAAAGUGAAUAUCAAAAUAAUGUUCCCCAAGAACACAAUCCCAGCAACGGUGGCUAAACCGCCAGAGAAACCAUCACUUCAGAAGAAAAUAGACACUACUGUUCUGUAUAUGGCCGAUACCACAGACCAACAGGUUGAAAACAAUUACAGUCGUUGGCAAGUCAAACGGGCCAAAAUUUGCGCAUGUACUGUUGUCCUGACGACGCUGAUCCUAGUGGCCGGCACGCUGGGUGCUAUUACUAUCGUGCUGCAGGCGCAACAACACAGUACUGAUAAAGCAGCCCCCACCCAUGCAGUCCCCAAGGAGCCGCUACACAGUGGUCCUAACUCCCCUCAGAGAGGGCCCUACCCCAACCCACUCAUUAAGAUCGACAACGGUGGGCUCUGGCCGGCUCCCAAGAACCCCGUGACUCAUACUCCUGACCUGGUGGCUGUCGACGGCGAGGGAACGGUCUUCAUGUCGUCGUCUCCAAAACUAGGUAACGACGGGAUAACCAUCGACUCCUUGUCAGUCCCCAAGAACCCCGUGUCUCAGCCUCCUGACCUGGUGGCUGUCGACGGCGAGGGAACGGUCUUCAUGUCGUCGUCUCCAAAACUAGGUAACGACGGGAUAACCAUCGACUCCUUGUCAGUCCCCAAGAACCCCGUGUCUCAGCCUCCUGACCUGGUGGCUGUCGACGGCGAUGGAACGGUCUUCCUGUCGUCGUCUCCAAGACCAGACAGCGACGGCAUCAUCAUCAACUCCUUGCCGGACGAGAAGCCCAUAUUUAUAGCUGAUCCAUUCUCUUCCUCUUCCUCUUCCUCUUCUCCUUCCUCUUCCUCCUAUCAGGGGAGGACCUACAUCAGUUCCUCCUUCCCCUACAACGGUUACUACGCUCGAGGUGGUGUUGGCGUUCCCUCUUCUUCAAACCCGUCGGAAAUCUCAGGUGACAGUGAUCUGGAGGGUUCUGCUGAAUCUGCCGCCUACGAAAUAAAUGACAUUUCUGUGGGGCCCCAUAACAGUUUGCAGCAAGACAUUAACAGUGACUCUGGUCCGGGACCUGACGUCUCCAGUGUCAGUGACGAUUAUAGUAUGAGCUAUCCAUACGAAACUGAAUAUUAAACUUGAUGUAGUGUUUCUAUGGCUGAUUUACCCAUCUUGUUUUGUUCAUCAAAACAUCGAAUCUUGUCUCAGUAUUUUCUCAUUGCAUGGAAAUGAGGGUGUUCUAGUUCUGGUCCUUGAUCAUGUCUUGCUAGCAAUGCGCUUUUAGUGGUUCAGAGAGCCGUUUUCAGAGAGUUUCUGGCCGAUCGAGGAUUCGCUGUACAAAUUGACGCCAUAUAGUUCCCAAAUCUCUUGCCAUUUUUUUCUCCAGUUGCCAAAGGCUGUCUUUUGCUUUGUAACAAUAUCAUGCACUUGAGAUAUAAAUUACAAUUAUUUAUAUGUUCUCUGUUUACAUUUAAUGUAAAAUAUUACACUAAUCAUUUUAUAUGGGAUUGAUACAGUUAAAUGACAUCCGUGGAUGAGAUAAAAAUGACUAACUUUCUUACAGGCACUGACUCAUUUCUCUUUUCACUAUUAUUAGAAGUUUUAAACAACGGUCUUAUAUGAUGGCACUAAAGUCGCAUAAGUCCAUUCUCUUGAUUUCAAACAAAUCCUACACGCAUCGCUUUUUGGAAAUUUUGUGAGUUUCAAACCCUUUCACGAUUCACAUUCUUCGCACUUUUAUGGCGCUGAAAUGUAAACAAAAUGUGGUCACAAUGCUUCAAUUGAUUAAGAACUACACACUGUACAGUGAACAGUUUUCUUGAAAUUUUCUACUCAUUUGUAUGCGUCAUCCGUUUUAGCAAUGCUUCUCAUCUGCGAGUGUACUCUUCUAAUAAAGCUGUCAGAACAAAGCUCGUAAUUCCGUAAA